GAGCGAACUUGUUUAUUUGACAAAAGUUGAACGUUAAAUGAGGAAACUGCUCGAACAAGAGCUCUUUUUAUGCGCUUGCCAACCCUUGUUUUCUCUCAUCUUAAGAGCAAGAGGGAAUGCGUGGAUGAAAAAGUAGAAAUAGGGACGUUGAGCUCGAAAACGCUCAUUCGUGAUCGUCAAUUUGAAGUGUGAACAUCGUGAACGUACAAUCCUGUGCUCAUCAUGACUGGAAGAGGAAAGGGAGGAAAAGGUCUGGGUAAAGGAGGAGCCAAGCGUCACCGAAAAGUGCUCCGGGAUAACAUCCAGGGCAUUACCAAGCCCGCCAUCCGCCGUUUGGCUCGGCGCGGAGGAGUGAAACGAAUCUCCGGUCUCAUCUACGAGGAAACCCGUGGCGUCCUGAAAGUAUUUCUGGAGAAUGUGAUUCGUGAUGCGGUCACUUACACUGAACACGCCAAGCGUAAGACCGUCACCGCUAUGGAUGUGGUGUAUGCUCUGAAGCGUCAGGGCCGCACUCUGUACGGUUUUGGAGGUUAAAUUUAUCUCUAUAAAACUUCCAUGUGGAGUCUCAAAUCAAACGGUCCUUUUCAGGACCACAAUACAUUA